UGUUGGAAGUUCGAAGCACUGUCGCACUGUGGCACUGUGGUUCGAAGACCUGUGGCGCCUGUGUGGCACCUGAGACCGCAACGGGUCCGAAAGUACACAUUGUACAGCGGCGCAGCUGGGGCGGCAGCUGGGGCUCCUCAGCACGUAGCAUAUCUCCGCAUAGGUCUCGAUCGAGGCUGUCGGGCCUGUCGGGGCUUCAACAAAACAACGGUGCGAGUGCAACGAAGUCGUCGUGUCGAGAUUGUGAGUUGCCUCAGCUGGUUGGUUCAGCAAGAGUCUACAGCAGGCCAUAUUGACAUAGCCCAACUGAACUAGUGAAGAUGGCAGUACCGGAACCUUUGACUGAUUCCACAGUUGAAAUUGAAGCUGGUCUCACUACCGCGAUGAGCCCGCCUGCAGAGACGCUGGACAUCCCCGAAGCUACGGCAGAACUACAACUUCAGUGGGUGCGGCGAGGCCAACAAGAACAUGUGGCUGACCAUGUCGUGGUUUUUCGUACAGGUGAUCCACGUGCAGGAACCCUCCGCAGCACUGUCUUGGAUGCUGCGUUUCACGACCCAAGUCAGACUGCCACCUCUGCCUGUGCAGGCCCGCCCGAUGAGAAGCCUUCUCGUCCCACUGAACCGGGGAAGCAAGGUUGCCAAUCUUCGAAAGUGUCCGCAGCCUCAAAGUUCUUGAAGGCCAACAAGAAAACGCUCAUUGCAGUUGGAGCCUGUGCAGGUGGCGUAAUCGCUGGGCUCGCCGUGCCAGGCCUUGGGCUCCUCGGUUUUGGUUUUGGUCCCGGCGGCGUGACGGCGGGAUCAGCGGCCGCCUCGAUCCAAUCAUUGAUGGGUGGCGUGAUCGUGAAGGGAAGCCUGUUCGCCACUAUGCAAAGCUGGGGCGCUGUAGGCAUCCCGGCAGCUUUCCAGUCGCUCUUCACUGCCUGUGGCGGUGCCACGGGACUGGGAACGGCGACCCUCCUGAUGAAAGACAAAAAGAAGCAGACAUGCAAAGUUUGCAAAUGCAGCAAAGCUUGCAAAUGCUGUGAAGCUUGCAAGUGCACUGGAACUAGCAAAUGCAGGGGAGCUUGCAAAUGCAAUGAAACUUGCAAACACAGUGAAACCUGCAAAUGCAAUGAAACUUGCAAACACAGUGAAACAUGCAAAUGCAGUGAAGCUGGCGAAGGCGGUGAAGCAAUUAAGACAGCAAGCUUGCAAGGGCAGUGAGGACUGUGAAGGAACUGGUUAUUUUCAGUGUUGUGAAUUCAACGGUUUUCCCGCUAGAUUUAGCGGUUUUCUGAGUUCUCUAGUGGGAGAAAUCGCCAGUUCGUCGGUGGCAGGAUUUGUAGCAGUUUUCAAGUAAUAUUGGUAUUUUUUUUUUGGCGGUCUAAAAUGCUCUCGAGUUUGUUGCCAUCUUUGCUUACUCUCAGCAAAAUAGUCGGUGGGUGUAACGCUUGCGACGCCAUUGAGAUAUUUGUGGCAAACCUUGAAGCAUGCUUUCUACUGAUUUGUGCAUGAAUGUAUAAAUUUGAACUAUGCGCAAGAAUUAAAAAAACAUGGGAGAUUCCCCCGUGUUUUCUGAAUUCCAACCUUUGAGAGACUAUAGUCGAUGACAGGUUAAGAGAUCAAAGGAAACUCUUCCCAGCUCUUUCCACGUUUGCAGGGCAAACACUGCAUUGUGGAGGUGACUUCCUCCAGCGUUCGCUCUGCAAAGUGCAAAGAUGUGGGAGGUGCUUCCACUUUAACAGUCGCCGACCAUGGUAUUUGUGAUAAUGAUAUUCGGACAUUCUUUUUUUUUUCACAUUAAAGAUUCAUCAAGGAUACUUGAAUAUUCACGAGAGAACUUUGGUGUACUGCUCUGUAGGCUGAUUUUUUAUGUCAAUUCUCGUUUAGCUAUCUGUAUGGUGGCACAGUGAAUACAAGAAAUAAAAAAUAAAUUAGCUGGAGCAGUAAAUGCAAACCUGGGAAAACCUAAACGUGUUUGGCAAGAUUUUUUUAAUAAAGCGUCAUUUUAUUUACA